UUACCACGCCCACAAGUAGACCAUACCUACUACUCCACCCACCAAUGGCUGAAAGCAAUGGGGAACUCCGAAAGUCGUUUUCGUGAGGCUGUGAGACAAGGCGAUCACGCCAAAGCUGAAUUCAUCUUCUACAACAAGAAGUUACUGAGAGAUAAUGUGGACCCCAAGCAGCCCUGCUACCAGGACGGCGGUAGUAUCCUCCAUUACGCAGCAAGACACGCGAUGAUGCCUCUCUACGGCCACUUUCUUGAGAACGGUCAAGUGAGCCCACUCAUACAGGACAACUAUGGACAGAACUGCCUGCAUCUUGUAUGCAGUAAAGGGUCUGAUCCUGAUCUAAGAUACGACAUGCUUGAUCUGACACUUAAAAAUACAUUUGUAUCAGGUGCUCUUACAAGAUCUGUAUCAACAGCUGAUCAUUAUGGUAACACUCCAUUACACUAUGCCUGUCAGUUUGGAUUACAGAAAUGCGUACAGUUGCUUGUUGAUUCUAAAGCUGAUCUCUCUGUUACUAAUACUGAUGGGAAGACUCCUGUUGAUUUAGCCAUUGAUCACAAUCAUGAAGCUAUAGCUAAGAAAUUAGAGACACGCAUUGUAUUUGCUCCCAUACAGGAGGAAGAGAGUGGUCUAGUCAUAGAAAUGGAUCCAGCUCCAGUGGCAUCGCCCCAGGACCACGUUGCCAUGAAGAAUCAAGAGCUAAUGAGUUUAAAAGAUGAACUGUUGAUACAGACAUCAGAGUUAUUAGGAGUUUCACUGUUUAUAGCAGAGGCAUUGCUAAGAAAUUAUGAGUGGUCUAAAGAAAGGCUCCUUAAUGCAUGGAUAGCUGACCCUAGUGAUGUCUGUGAAAAGGCUGGAGUUGAUCUACCUGAAGUACUAACACUAGACAAUAUAGAUGACACCAUACCAAGUAAAGGAGGAGGAGGAGGAGCUAGUAAUGAGAUAGACUGUAGUAUAUGUUACUGUCCUAUCGACGAACUAGUGGAGAUUCAAUGCGAACACUCAUUUUGCAAGGAUUGCUGGCAACAGUACUUGCAUGACAAGAUUAAAAGUGGCCAAGUCCAUAAAAUAAGCUGUCCAGAGUAUGGCUGCUAUAAACUAAUACCAAUACAUAUAAUAGAGAAAUUGGUAUCAAGGGACAUGGCUUCAAAAUACCUCUUGUUCGACAUAAAGGCAUUCGUUGAUAGCAACCCUAACAUAAGAUGGUGUCCUCAUCCUGGCUGCAGUGAAGCUAUAAAGAAACCAACUCCAUUUAUUGAAGAACUCGUACUUGAAGACACCAGAGAAGGUGACAAGCCUAGUGGAAUGAUGGUCCACUGUAGCUUUGAUCAUUAUUUCUGUUGGGAUUGUGGUAAAGAUGCUCACGAGAUUUGCACUUGUGAAAUGUGGAAGGGAUGGUUACUGAGAAUUGAUCAAAUGCAAGUUAAAAUAGGAUCAAUGACGUGUGAGGAUUUUGGUGAAGCUGCUAGCAGUCGAUGGAUAUCAUCAAACAGCAAGCCUUGUCCACGCUGCAAAACUCCUAUUGAGAAGAUUGAUGGCUGUAACCAUAUGAAGUGUGGUCAUUGUAAACAUGAUUUUUGUUGGAUGUGUCUUGAUCUUUGGAGCAAGCACAAUUCAUCCACUGGUGGUUACUAUGACUGCAAUCGUUUAAAGAUAAUUGAGAAAGCAAAUGACAUGCUUCGUGACAGAGAAAAAGAGUCAGAUGAUUAUGAAAAGAUAGCACAUUUUCAACACUAUCACAGUCGCUAUAAGAACCACUGUCACAGCUUAAAGUUAGAGCUAGGCUACUUGCAAGCUGCUGGUGAGAAGAUGCAGGCAUUGGAAGCUGCUGCCCUAGAGGAAGGCUCCAGUGUUGGUGAUGUGUCAUUUGUUAAAGAUGCAGUGAGGACUCUAGUGGAGGCGAGACAGACACUAGCAGCUUCUUAUGGAUAUGGUUCCACACUCCUGGUUGUACCUGUUAGGGACAAAUUUGAGGGAAAACAAGGUAUGUUUGAGGAGCAGGUUGAGAGUCUAGCUGAAGUUGUGGCCAGACCUCACUUGAGGAAACCUCGCUCUGAAAUAAUCCGACUAACAAGGACAGUCUAUAACAACAGACUUGCUUUUAUAAGAUUCGUUCAGAAGGAUUUACAUGCCCCACCUCCAAAGGCUCCGAUAUUACCUUCCACUUCAGAGUACAUGAGGGAGAGGAGGGAAAUGGUUCAGAGAGCGAGAGAAAGAAUAAGAAGAGACAGACAAAGAGAGAGGGAAGAGAUAGAGGAAGAGUCGAGGAGGGAGGCAGAGGAAAAGAGACAGUUGGACGAAGCAAUAAGAAUAUCACAGCAGGACUAUGUAACACGGAGGAAGGAAGACAAGCUAAUACAAGAAGCACUGCUAGCUUCAAAGCAAGAGUUUGAUGAAGAAUCCCAACUAAAAUCAGAUACCGAGUUUGCUAUAAUGCUAAGUAUGAAAAGUGGAGAGAGUAACAGCAGUGCUGGGAAGUUUCAAGUCGGUACUAAUGAUUUAUCAAUUGUUGAGUCAGGAGGUGAUAGGUUUCCCUUUUCUUCAGCAAGUCAGAACAGUCAACCCAGUGAUCCUUUUACCAUUAACAACUUAGAUCUAGAGCAUUGGCGUCAAACCAUACUGCAUGAGAGUCAAUGGGCUCCGAGUUCAUCCUCUUCAAGUGAAGCUCCCACUCCAUCAAGAGAUCACCUAGCAGUAUCACCUAACAGAACCAAUAAUGGAAGCAAUAGUAUCAAUACUCAGACUUUUUUUAACGAAGAAGAAAUGGACGAAGAAUUAGCUACAGCAAUAGCUCUAUCACUAUCAACUGUAGGAGAAAUUAAUAAUUGAAAGAAUGGCUGGCCUGAAUAAUAAUU